UUUUUCCACAUUUAUAUUGCAGCACAGGUAUGGACAAUAAAGCUACCUUAAGGACCAAUCAAAUUACCCAAAGGCUUUGGCCAGUUUUUAUUAUGUCAACUAUCCUGGCAUCUAAUAUUGGCCCGGACCCUUCUAACAGAAUCCCUCAUUACUAUGCGAAUUUGGGACACAGUGUCAACCUUCCAUGUCAGAUUAAUCCUGCUCUAGAGACAGAAGAUCGUGUAGUGAUUAAAUGGCUGGUGAAAAGAGAACAAACUGAGAAACACACAGAGGAAAGCCUAAUCUCCUAUUUUGGUGAAAGAAUAUGUCACCAUGAAGCAUGUUUCCAAGGCAGAGUCCACUUUGCUCAUUCAAAUCCUCAAGAUGGUGACGCUUCAUUAAUCAUGAAUAAUGUGACAUUUUCUGAUUCAGGCAUUUACCAAUGUAAUGUGGAACAAUCAUUUAGCAUGGAACAUAGGCAAAUCCUGCUGACCGUGAUGGAGAAUGUAUCCAAACCAAUAUGCACUCUUUACAAUGACUUUGAAGAGGGCAAGAAUCUCAAGGUUAUGUGUAGAGUCUUUCAUGGCCCUAUUCCCUGGAGCUUCAACUGGGAAAAGACAUCUGGAAAUAGACUAUUUCCUACAAAUACAAAGCAAAAAUAUGGUUACUUAAUUAUACAACAAAUUAAGAAAAGUGAUUCAGGAACCUACCGUUGCACUGUUAGCAACCCCGUUAGUGCAGAGCACUGUGAAAUAAUAAUCAACCCAAAUUCUCAGUCGGUAGAGCCCACUGCAACGUUCUCACCAAACAUAUUGACUUCAGAACAAUUAGGUCAUACGACACAUGACUCAGAUAAUGAUACCUUCAUGUCACUCGACGAAAUAUCAAGUACAUUAGUCACUUCAGUCAUGGCUAAAGAAGCAGGAUUAAACCAAGAAAAUCUGACACACUUGAGGAAAACGUCAGCAGAUUUUGCAGCAAUUACUGUCAAUACUUUAAUCAUGGCAAAAGAAGAAAAAAUUAGGCCAAGGAAUCAUACUGCAACUCAAAUGACCUCAUCUUCAUAUAUGGUAGAUAACAGAGUUAGUACUACAGACAUGAAAAAACAAGAUCGUACAGUCUCAUCAAUCACAGUCGCAGGAAUCUCAAUGGGCACACCAAUAUUAACACAAGAGAAAGGAUUUGGCCAUUUGAAUCUACCUGAAACUGAAACUGCAACCAUGGCAAAAGAAGAUAGGUUAGGCCACACAAAUCUGCCCACAUUGGGGAUCCUCUCGUCAACUAAUGUUGAAGAAAUCUCAGUGACUACAACAGUAGUGGCAAAAGGAAAGGGAUUAGGCUAUACAAACAUACCUGGGAUUGAAAUGACCCCAUCAAAUGUGACAGAUGUCAAAGUUAGUACAACAGACACAGCAAACAAAAAUCGGUUAGACCGCUUCACUCUAUCUGAGCUUGAGGUCAACUCAUCAAUUAAAGUAGCAGGAAUCUCACUGGGCACACCAGUAAUAACCAAAGAGAAAAAAUUUGGCCAUAUGAAUCUACCUGAAAUUGAAAUGCCCUCAUCAUCAAAUGUGGCAAAUGUUACUACAAACACAGCAAAAGAAGAUGGGAUAGGCCACAUAAAUCAACCGGAAUGGGGGACCAUCAAAUCAAUUAAUGUUGAAGCAACCUCAGUGAAUACACCACUCAUGACAAAAGAAAAGGACUAUGUGACUAUGCCAAAAACUCAAAAGACCUCAUCAAAUGUGGCAGUUGUCAAAGUCAGCACAAAAGACACAUCAAAAGAAAAUCGAUUGGGCCACUUGAAUCUAUCUGAGGUUGAGAUUACCUCAUCAAUCCAAGUUGCAGGAAUCUCAGUGGGCACACCAGUGAAAACCAAAGAAAAAGGAUUUGGCCAUAUGAAUACAUCGGUAACUGAAACUACAACCAUGGAAAAAGAAGACAGGUUAGGCCACACAAAUCUGCCUAAAUUGGGAAUCGUCUCAUCAAGUAAGGUUGAAUCAACCUCAGGGAGUACACUAAACACAGCAAAAGAAAAGGCAUUUGGUUAUAUGAACAUACCUGGAAUUCAAAUGACCCCAUCAAAUGUGGCAGCUGUCAAGGUCAGUACAACAGACACAGCAAAAGAAAAUUGGUUAGGCCACUUGAACCUAGCCAAAAUGAAGGUCGUUUCAUCAACAAAUGUUGCACUAAUAUCAGUGGAUAGAGCAGUCAUGGCCAAAGAAAAAGAAUUCGGGCAUAGCAAUGUACCUGAAGGAGGGGUCAUUGGUACUAAAGACAUGGAAAUAGAUGGUUGGUUAAGCCAAAUAAAUGUACCCAAAUUGGUGGUCACCUCUUCAACUAAUGUCACAGCAGUCUCAGCGGAUAAACAAAACACAGCAAAAGGGAAAAGAUUCGACCACACGAAUGUCCCUGAAAUUCAAAUGACAUCAUCACCAAAUGUCAAAGUCAGUACCACAGACAUGGCAAAACAAGAGGAAAUUGCCCAUAUUAUUCCACCCGAAUUAGAGAUGAGUUCGUCAACUGUCUAUCAACUUUCAACUAUCAAUGUUGCAACAAUCUCACUGAAUUCGCCAUCUCUGGCCAAUGAGGUGGUAACAGGCAUCACAAACCUGUCAAAAUCUCAAAUCACACCAUCACCAAAUGCAGUGGGAGUUAGUACUCAAAUUGCAAACAAUGAAAAAGGAUUAGGCCACAUUAACCUAACAAAAUCUCAGAACACACCUUCCCUGAACAAAACUGCAUCAGCAGUGAAAGUGAAAGUGAAAGUAAGGGUAUUGAUAAUACUGGUCGGAGUGGUAACCCCAAUCACUGUCAUCUUUAUCAUCAUAUGCAUUGCUUACUGCUAUAACAACAGAUACUGUGGUGAUGAAGUAGUAACAAUAAAAAAACCUUCCUUCAUUGUGAAACGAAGAAAAAGAAAAGCCCACAACAUUGCAAAGGUAGAAACUGGUGGUACGGUGUGGGUUAACGGGCUUGAAAUGGACACUGGGAAAACAAAGAAUAACAGAUUAUUGAAAGGUGAUUUUGAUGACGAGAAUAAGUACAAUAAAGGACAGGAGAGCAGUUGUAAAGGUGAUUGCAAAGGUAUCAACAUUUCCCCUGAGGUCUUCAUCUAGGGCUGUCGACCAGCUUCUAUAAGGUACAUUUUGAUUUGCUAAUAUUUUUUUUAUCCAAAAGAUUGACAAGUUAGGCAUCAUAAUUUUAAUCAAACGCCGAACUGCUGAGCUCCAACUCCCAAACAAACAUUAAACAAUGAGAUCUGCUUAAUAAAAGGCAACAUUAUUUGUUUUCAAAUUUACAAAAAAAACAAAAAACUGGCCAAUAGAUUUACCAAUGAAAGCUGUUCCACUUAAUAUUGCACCUGAACAAGGACACAUAUUUUUCUCUAUGUAGUUGUAGUACACUG